AUGCAGAAGGGGAUCCGGCUGAACGAUGGCCACGUCGCGUCCCUGGGACUGCUGGCGCGCAAGGACGGCACGCGCAAGGGCUACCUGAGCAAGCGGAGUUCGGACAACACAAAAUGGCAAACCAAGUGGUUCGCGCUGCUGCAGAACCUGCUCUUCUACUUCGAGAGCGACUCGAGCUCGCGGCCCUCGGGGCUCUACCUGCUGGAAGGCUGCGUCUGCGACCGCGCGCCCUCCCCCAAGCCUACGCUCUCGGCCAAGGAGCCUCUGGAGAAACAGCAUUAUUUCACGGUAAACUUCAGCCACGAGAACCAGAAAGCCUUGGAGCUGAGGACAGAGGACGCCAGGGAUUGUGACGAGUGGGUGGCAGCCAUCGCUCAUGCCAGCUACCGGACCCUGGCCACAGAGCACGAGGCAUUGAUGCAGAAGUACUUGCACCUGCUGCAGAUCGUGGAGACUGAGAAGACGGUGGCCAAGCAGCUGCGGCAGCAGAUCGAGGAUGGGGAAAUUGAGAUUGAACGGCUGAAGGCAGAGAUCACAUCCCUGCUCAAGGACAAUGAGCGCAUCCAGUCCACCCAGACUGUCACCCCCAACGACGAAGACAGUGACAUCAAGAAAAUCAAGAAGGUGCAGAGCUUCCUGCGGGGCUGGCUGUGCCGGCGCAAGUGGAAGACGAUCAUCCAGGACUACAUCCGGUCGCCGCACGCCGACAGCAUGCGGAAGAGGAACCAGGUGGUGUUCAGCAUGCUGGAGGCCGAGGCCGAGUACGUGCAGCAGCUGCACAUCCUUGUCAACAACUUCCUGCGCCCACUGCGGAUGGCCGCCAGCUCCAAGAAGCCUCCCAUCACGCACGACGAUGUCAGCAGCAUCUUCCUGAACAGCGAGACCAUCAUGUUUUUGCACCAGAUCUUUUACCAAGGCCUGAAGGCCCGCAUCUCCAGCUGGCCCACUCUGGUCCUCGCCGACCUUUUCGACAUCCUGCUGCCCAUGCUCAACAUCUACCAGGAGUUCGUCCGCAACCACCAGUACAGCCUGCAGAUCCUGGCGCACUGCAAGCAGAACCGCGACUUCGACAAGCUGCUGAAGCACUACGAGGCCAAGCCCGACUGCGAGGAGAGGACGCUGGAGACCUUCCUCACCUACCCCAUGUUCCAGAUCCCCAGGUACAUCCUGACGCUGCACGAGCUCCUGGCCCACACCCCUCACGAGCACGUGGAGCGCAACAGCCUGGACUACGCCAAGUCCAAACUGGAGGAGCUGUCCAGGAUAAUGCACGACGAAGUAAGUGAAACAGAGAACAUCCGGAAAAACCUGGCCAUUGAGCGCAUGAUCAUUGAAGGCUGUGAGAUCCUCCUGGACACCAGCCAGACCUUUGUGAGACAAGGCUCCCUCAUCCAGGUGCCCAUGUCUGAAAAGGGCAAGAUUACCAGGGGGCGCCUGGGGUCUCUGUCCCUAAAGAAAGAGGGCGAGCGACAGUGCUUCCUGUUUUCUAAGCAUCUGAUCAUCUGUACCAGAGGCUCUGGUGGGAAGCUUCACCUGACCAAGAAUGGAGUCAUAUCCCUCAUUGACUGCACUUUAUUGGAGGAGCCAGAAAGCACGGAGGAAGAAGCCAAAGGAUCCGGCCAAGACAUAGACCACUUGGAUUUUAAGAUCGGGGUGGAACCAAAGGAUUCCCCGCCCUUCACAGUCAUCCUUGUGGCCUCAUCCAGACAGGAGAAGGCGGCGUGGACCAGUGACAUCAGCCAGUGUGUGGAUAACAUCCGGUGCAAUGGGCUCAUGAUGAACGCAUUUGAGGAAAAUUCCAAGGUCACUGUGCCGCAGAUGAUCAAAAGACCCAAGUGCCUUCUCCGUCCCUCCGCCCUCCUCAGGUCCGACGCCUCCUUAUAUUGUGAUGACGUGGACAUUCGCUUCAGCAAAACCAUGAACUCCUGCAAAGUACUGCAGAUCCGGUAUGCCAGCGUGGAGCGGCUGUUGGAGAGGCUGACGGACCUGCGCUUCCUGAGCAUCGACUUCCUCAACACCUUCCUGCACUCCUAUCGUGUCUUCACCACCGCCGUCGUGGUCCUGGACAAGCUCAUCACCAUCUACAGGAAGCCCAUCAGUGCCAUCCCCGCCAGGUGGAUGAGGUCAUUGGAGCUCUUGUUCGCCAGUGGCCAGAACAACAAGCUCCUGUACGGCGACCCCCCCAAGUCGCCACGCGCCACCCGCAAGUUCUCCUCACCCCCACCCCUGUCCAUCACCAAGACGUCAUCCCCGAGCCGCCGGCGGAAGCUCUCCCUAAACAUCCCCAUCAUCACGGGCGGCAAGGCCCUGGACCUGGCCGCCCUCAGCUGCAACUCCAACGGCUACACCAGCAUGUACUCGGCCAUGUCGCCCUUCAGCAAGGCCACGCUGGACACCAGCAAGCUGUACGUGUCCAGCAGCUUCGCCAGCAAGAUUCCAGAUGAGGGCAAUAUGAGCACUGAGAAGCCUGAAGAAUCCUCAGCUCCCAGCAAGCAGAGCUCAGAAGUCUCCAUGAGGGAAGAGUCAGAUAACGAUCAAAACCAGAGUGACGAAGGUGACACUGAGACAUCACCAACCAAAUCGCCAACAACACCAAAAUCAGUCAAAAGCAAAAAUUCCUCAGAGUUCCCACUCUUCUCUUAUAAUAACGGAGUUGUCAUGACCUCCUGUCGCGAGCUGGACAGUAACCGCAGCGCCCUGUCAGCAGCCUCCGCCUUUGCCAUAGCAACUGCAGGUGCCAACGAGGGCACCCCAAACAAGGACAAGUACCGGAGGAUGUCCUUGGCUAGCGCAGGCUUUCCCCCCGACCAGAGGAACGGAGACAAGGAGUUUGUGAUCCGCAGAGCGGCCACCAAUCGCGUCCUGAAUGUGCUCCGCCACUGGGUCUCCAAGCACUCUCAGGACUUUGAGACCAACGACGAGCUCAAAUGCAAGGUGAUCAGCUUCCUGGAGGAGGUCAUGCACGACCCGGAGCUCCUAACCCAGGAGCGGAAGGCUGCGGCCAACAUCAUCAGGACUCUGACCCAGGACGACCCGGGGGACAGCCAGAUCACGCUGGAGGAGCUCACACAGACGGCUGAAGGCGUGAAGGCCGAGCCCUUUGAAAACCACUCAGCCCUGGAGAUCGCGGAGCAGCUGACCCUGUUGGACCACCUGGUCUUCAAGAAGAUCCCUUAUGAGGAGUUCUUCGGACAAGGAUGGAUGAAACUGGAAAAGAAUGAAAGGACCCCUUAUAUCAUGAAAACCACUAAGCAUUUCAAUGAUAUCAGUAACUUGAUUGCUUCAGAAAUCAUCCGAAAUGAGGACAUCAAUGCGAGGGUGAGCGCCAUCGAGAAGUGGGUGGCCGUGGCUGACAUAUGCCGAUGCUUACACAACUACAAUGCUGUUCUGGAGAUCACCUCAUCCAUGAACCGGAGCGCAAUCUUCCGGCUGAAAAAGACAUGGCUCAAAGUCUCUAAGCAGACAAAAACUUUGAUUGAUAAGCUCCAAAAGCUUGUGUCGUCAGAGGGCAGAUUUAAGAAUCUGAGAGAAGCUCUGAAAAAUUGUGACCCACCCUGUGUCCCUUACCUGGGGAUGUACCUCACUGACCUGGCCUUCAUCGAAGAGGGGACGCCCAACUACACGGAGGACGGCCUGGUCAACUUCUCCAAGAUGAGAAUGAUAUCCCAUAUCAUCCGAGAGAUUCGCCAGUUUCAACAAACUGCCUACAAAAUAGAGCACCAAGCAAAGGUAACCCAAUAUUUACUGGACCAAUCUUUUGUAAUGGACGAAGAAAGUCUCUACAAGUGUUCUCUCCGAAUAGAACCAAAACUCCCCACCUGAAGCUGUACCCAGCCCACCGCCAUGGACACAUGCUAUAUGAUAUUGUACAUAGUCGUUUGGUUUCUCUGGGUUUUCUUCUUUAGUAUGUGCUUCUCCAAGAAUACAAAUCCGUUCUUGUUCUUAGAUUCCUGUAGAACCAAAAUAUGAAUCUCUGCACCGGUUAGGACUUGGUCCACGCACCCCAUCCCUCG